AUGCUCGACUCGCAACAUGCAGCGUCCAAGUCAAAGUGCAAGCGCAAGUGGCACUUGGAGCAGCCCAUCGGGCAGUCCGGCCACGGCUACGGCUACGGUGCACAGCAUGUCCGAAGCCAGGCAGAGGCAGAUGACCGAGUUGCAGAGGGAGAGAGUGGAGAGGGGAUCGAGUGGCCUGCUGCUGCUAAUGUCAUCAAGAGCACGCCGCCAGUCAUUGGACGCAAGGCGGACAGCAAGGGGCAGAGACAGAGCGUCGCGAGUCGUGCGCAAUCGGCAAUGUCUGCCGCACAUUCUGUUGGGCAGGAACAGCAGCAGCAGCAGCAGCAGCGGGGUCAAGCGCUUGACCCCGACGUCGUCGUCGAUGGGGACGAACGAUCUGAAGACGCUUUGGCAGCAGAUAUCCAGCCUGGUCCACCUCUUAUUGGAGGUGUACGCGAGAGAAGACCGCUGAGGGCGUCGAGCACGGCGCAUCACACUGCGCCUAAGCAGGGCAUGAGCAGAUUUGCGGCACGAAGGCAGCUGGAUAGGGAGCUGCAUGCGGGUGCGGGUGCGGACGCGAGGAGCCAUGCUGCCAAAAGGCAUUCGAGUGUGGACCUCCAGCACUCCGCCGCACAACAUGUCCAAUCCAUGGCGAGCGCAAGUGCAGCAGCAGCAGCAGCAGCAGCAGCAGCACCUUCUUCUGCUCCUCAGGACACAUCAGAUCAUGAUUGGUUGGAAGAGGAUGGCAGACCAAUGUCCAUGUUUAGAAGAAAUAUCCUCUUGUCAGCCGGGUUGGGCCCACCCCGACGCGCGCAGAAUGUUCAAGGCUCAUCCUCGACUGGUCGUCAGCGCGCGUCGUCGCAUGCUCCAAGUCUUGCAGGCGCAGACGAUGGCGUCGAUUUGCACAACGAGGCAGCCACAUCUCGCAUCUUGAAAGAGGUGGACGAAGAGAAUGAAAAGGUGGUCAAGGGAAUGUCGGAAGAGGACGUCAAGCGCGAACUGGACAGUCUGAGGCAACACUUUGGCCAAGGAGUGCUGGAACUCUUGAGCAAGCGAAAGAGCGGAGCGACGACGAGUCAGGUGCAAAGCGAACCUCGCCAUGACCCACGCAGCGAGCACGCGCGGGAGGAGUCUGCCCUGCAUCCUGACCUCAGCCGCAGCACAAAGAAGAAGGUAGCCUUUGCGCAGGCUGAUCCGGAUGAAGCUCCAAAAGAUGAUGGGACGCUAGAUUCGAUUCGACAGACCUACUUUCCUGAAGAAGAUGCGCAUCGACCCGAGCUGGAAUGGAUGAGGGGCGAUUCACCUUUCAGCAAAGUUGAACCCAGCGCUGAUCAUCAACUGCGCUUCGGCUUCGAUGGGCGCGUCAUUGCGCCGCACGAAGAGAGGAUCGGCGAGGGCUUGCAUCAUCAUGCUGAUGAAUCGGACAGGGCUGGCUACACGGCCGAAGAGCUGCUUCAUCUUGCGCGAAGCACCGUGCCUUCUCAGCGGCUUAUAGCGCUGACCACACUGGGUCGCAUAUUGGAGCUGCACCCGGUCGCAUCGCGAAAUACAGCAGCAGCGAAACAUCUCGAACAUCACCACAUUCGCAACAGGACAGCGCUCAUCUCGACUUGGUUGUUGCGCGACAGACAAAUGGGAGUGAGGAGAAUGGCACUGUUUGCGUUGAGGUGCGCUUUGAGAACGACGAAAAGGGGCGGGGAAGCGAUGCUCUGCGUCCAGCCUCCUCUCGUUUCUGCCUCGUCCUCCAAGAAAAUCGAGAUGUACGAAGAGACGAUCAAACGGGAUAUGACUCGGGGACUUUUGAACCUCGCAGCGCCCACGCUGCUCGUGGAAAUGUAUGGACAGGAUACAGAGUCUGGAAUGGAGAUUGUGGAGGAUGUGCUGGACUGCUUGUGCGCUCUCGCAGAAGCAUCGUUGGAUGCUGCUCGUGCCGUUCUUCAAUCAGCAGGCAUUAUGGAUCUGAUCAAUUCGUCGCAUGCGCUCAGAGCUUCGCCUCCUUCCUUGAAAGUGCUGCAGCUCUUGCAACUGCUCAGCUCAGUCGAUCGACAAGCCGCCGCGGCGCUAGCCAACGCCACCAGCGCGCAUCUACUGCGUCUUGUUGCUCUGCCUUGUUGGACUUCUGCAGGACGCGCGCAAGACUUGCAAGCUCAUUGCGCGUUCGUAUCCACCCUGGUCAUUUUCAGCAUCUACGCUCAAUUCGGAGUAGGUUUGGAACACGUCGUGCACUCGUGGGCCGUUUUCGAACAGCUGACGGCGCAUGUGCAGUACAGGCUCGAAGGUCGCACGAGCAUGGACAAGGAGGAAUCGCGCGCCGCGGGGAAAAUGUUGCGCCUGAUGAAGGCUUGGAUCAUCUGCGCCAGGCAUCCACAUCGUACCAAGCCUCAACACGCUCUUGGCUGGCCGCACAUUGGAGAAUGGGCCGAGCUGGCUUUGAGCGUUGUCUGCAACGUACGAGCGGAGCUCGCGACGCCGGAUGAAGAGGAGCAGGCAUUCGUUUUGCAGGGAUGCGCCGCUGGAUUGCUGGACGUUUGGAUCGACUUGGCCUGCAGCAAUGCGCGCACUGCAGAUGCUGCCAAGCCGCUCGCAGCUCGGCUGAAGGAUGACGCGGAUGCAAUCGCCCGUCUGGCCCAGAGCGCAGAGUCGGCCAUGCUUGCCGCUGCGAGCAGAAUCGCUCGCCUCGACACAUUGCAAAGGCAGACGGUAGAGGAGUUUGUCGAGAUGCUAGAGGCUUGCAAAGAUGUUGUUGCUCUGUUUGAGCGGUGCGAAGCUGUGUCGGCCUUGCAGGGCAUGCACAAAGCGUCACGAGAUCUCAUGCGAGAUGGUCGGCUCUGGACAAGGUUCGAUGAACAAGACGCUUGGAUUGCCGGAUAUCGGGUCGCCCGACAUGUCGCUGCAGAACUUCAAGGACGCAUCCUCGAGAGCUUGCACGGGGCGGAUGAGGAAAAGGUGGACCUUGCGGAAAUUGUCGAGCUGGUGCACUCGUUGGAUAAAGGACAAGAGGAAUUAGCCCAGCAGCUCGUGCACGUCAUCCAACGGAACACUCGCACGACGUCGCUGGCACCCUUUAUGAACGAAUCUUUGCGCGUCAAAUCUUCUGCAGCCGUGAUGCAGGGCAAUGGCACAUUGAGAGGCGCAGCGACGCUGUGGUCGACUUUGCAAGCACGAGGCGAUGAGCAGAUCGUCCAGCCCGGUGCGGAAGAGCAAGCGGAAGCGGACCCGGAAGAUCUGGACCCUUUGACAGGGGCUCUGCUGUACAAGAGCAGCCAGAGCGGUCUACCUUUACGAUCGGAUUGGACCUUGCAAGCUCUGGACGAUCUGCUACACUCCGGCACGUGCGCCGCUCUGAACCGAAAAGACGUCUUGCCCGCUUCUUGGGAUUAUACAGAGGCACAACUGGUCAGGGAUGCGCUGCAUUUGACUAGAAUGGCGCUGCAGGCCACCCUCGAUACGAAGAGGCACGACUGCUCGAUGACGGCCUCUGAACUCUUGCUGGCAAUGUGCAAGGUGUUCCUGCUGGAGAGGGACGAUGCGCCGACUCCGCAGUCCACGGGCGACAUUACUGGCAGAAAUUUGUUCAGGGACAAGGAGAUUUCCGGCGCGCUCGUGCAGCUGUUUGAAAUGCUGCCGCAGCUCGUCGCUUCGCAUGCUGACACAAAUGUCCAAAUGUCGGACGAGGUAGCGCCGUUCGAUGGUACACGUACCAGGAGCAAGACGAUGGAAGAAGCCGCAUGCAAAGAGACGAUCGCUGUGCCCUUUUACCAAAUCUAUACGGAUCUACUAGGUCUGUACGACGGCCUCUCGCUCGGCGACGAAGCGUUUCAACGCAUCAUCUUGGCUGGUCAAUCGAUGCUGUACGCGUCGGACUAUCGACGCUUGCUGUGGAUCGACCAUGCUCACCUCUUGUCCACAUUUACCCUGCAACUGCGAGAUGCGCCCCUAGAGACCCUGCACGGCUUGCAAAGCUACCUCUAUCCUGCUGAGCGGGAUCCGGAUGUCCUGAGGGCAUUUGCCGCAGCUCUGAUGAGGGGAGAUGUCACCAAAACUCGUACGCCGACUUUGCAUCGCAUCGCUACGCACCACGUGGCGCUUGCCGCGUGGGCAGCGGAUGCGCACGGCGAUAAUGCCAAGGCUGCAAUAUCGACUUCUGAUCUGCUCAUCAGGACAAUCUUUGCCCCGGCAAUCUUGGCGGAUCGGGAAGCUCCUGCGUGCAAGCUCGCAAAGGAGUUGCUGCUGCUGCUGCUGCUGCGCGUCGAAAAAGAGGAGGAGGUGGUGGGGACGUCGCUGGACUGGAAGCUGCAAAGGAUCGCAAAUGUCUUGGGAAAGGAGGUGGAGACCGCUUGGCGCGCGAUUUGUGCGGAGGAGGGGAUGAAUUAGAGGGGAUAUUCGAGCUAUUCGAGCUGGCGCACGAUGCGCUAGCUGAGUGUGAUGAGAACCUCUACGAUGUAUCCCGGUACACCACGACGAGCUUGCUCGUCGAAUACAUGUACAAUACAAAGAAGUCACUA